AUGGAGGUACCGCUUGUUAAUUUUGAGAACAUGGACGAUGUUGGCAUCCACCUGGGAGACCCGAGUGACUCCGGGUACCCGACGUCACCCCCGUCAGAGGCCCCCGAUCAGAACCUGUUAAUGCACCGUCUGAGCUCUCCUCAGCAGUCACCACGCAGAGGACGACGUGGGCAUCAUUCUGCUCAAGAGGGGCUCUCGCCGUCCUCUCCUCCGACUCUUACCACGAAAGCGAACUCCAGCAGCGGCAGUUUGAUCUCUAAUCUCAAGCUCCUGAUCAACAGCGAGUCUCCCACCGACAGCGUCUUCAGUAAGAUGGCGAGGGAUUGCUACGAGAAUGAAGAUUUGUUUGAGAAGCACUUUGUUGAAGAAAAAGACGAGAAAGUUGUCAUCAAUGUUUCAGGCCUGAUGUUCGAGACCCAGCUCAGCACACUGAAUAAGUUUCCAGAGACGCUGCUCGGUGACCCCAUGAAAAGGAUAACCUACUUCGACCCGAUGAAGAACGAAUACUUCUUCGACAGAAACCGCCCAUCUUUCGAUGGUGUUCUGUACUACUAUCAGUCGGGGGGGAGAAUCCGCAGACCGGCCAACGUUCCCUUAGAUGUUUUUGCUAAUGAAAUAGUUUUCUACGAGCUGGGUCAUGAAGCGAUGGAGCAGUUCCGCGAAGACGAAGGGUUCAUCAAAGAGCCGGAGGUCCUUUUGCCCACCAACGAACUCCAACGACAAUUCUGGCUCCUGUUUGAAUACCCAGAAAGCUCCAGUGCAGCCAAAUCUGUCGCUCUGGUUUCUGUGUUCGUCAUCGUCAUUUCCAUCGUCAUCUUCUGCCUAGAGACUCUGCCAGAGUUCAGGGAGGACACUGACUUUCCCCCGGGUCCAACCCAACUCGUCAACGGGACCCAAGGCGGUUCUGCCCCUCAUCCCGCCACUAAAGACGUGUUUGCGUAUCUAACAGACCCCUUUUUCAUCGUGGAGACUAUUUGCAUCAUUUGGUUCUGCUUUGAAGUAGGUGUCCGCUUUGUGGUGUGCCCCAGCAAAAGGGAUUUCUUCAAUAACAUCAUGAACACCAUUGACAUCGUCUCCAUAAUUCCCUAUUUUGUCACCCUUGGAACUGAGCUGGCUACGACCCCCGAUGAGGAUUUGAACUCCAGUCAGAACAUGUCGCUGGCAAUCCUAAGAAUCAUCCGUCUGGUGAGAGUUUUCAGAAUUUUUAAGCUCUCCCGACACUCAAAAGGGCUUCAGAUCUUGGGGCAGACCUUGAAAGCCAGUAUGAGGGAACUGGGGCUCCUCAUCUUCUUCCUUUUUAUAGGAGUCAUCCUUUUCUCAAGUGCCAUCUACUUUGCAGAAGUGGAUGAGCCCCAGACGCAGUUUGUCAGCAUCCCUGACGGCUUCUGGUGGGCCGUGGUGACAAUGACCACUGUGGGAUACGGAGACAUGUGCCCCAUCACAAUGGGAGGCAAAAUGGUCGGCACCCUCUGUGCCAUUGCUGGUGUCCUGACCAUCGCCUUGCCCGUCCCCGUCAUCGUCUCCAACUUUAACUACUUCUACCACCGUGAGACUGAGCAGGAGGAGAAACAGGUGAUGGAUGCAGCGGCGGAGGCUGCCCAGAAAAUGUCAGCUGCAAACAAGUAUGGGAGCACACCCUCUCUAAACAAAAGUAACGGCACAUGGCAGAAUGAGAAAAAUGGCACACACUAG